CCCAUUUUCAUACUGCUAAUUAAGUCCCUGUUAAAAUGCUAUUGGUUAGUUUUCUUUGACAGUCAAGAAAUAUAGAGUAUAAAAGCUCACUGAAAUUCUCACACAACCCAUAGAUAGUUUGAAACUAAAUCUUAAACCUCACAAUCCUAUAUAAAGGGUUCAAUGCUCUCCUUUUAGAAACAAUAUGUCACUAAUCAAAAAGAAAUGGAGAGUUGUUGAUUCAAGUCAUCUAGAUACUAAAAACUCAGCUAAAAGGGGACCAUCACAACUUGAGAGCAAACGAAAAAAUCAGGGUUAUCUCCAAUAUACGAAUAGACUCGAUCAAAGUAAUAAGGCGCAAAAUUAGACACUCCUUAUCUAUUAGUUCCAGUAGGUUGAAUAAAGAAGCGACCUAUUUCAAACAAUCAAUCAAUGAUUCCUCGUUUUAAGAUAGAAAUAGGUUAUGACAGUUGCAAAAACCAUAAACCUAAAGAUCCAAUAGCCACCACUCUUCGUUGUACAACCAAAUUUCUAUCUCAAGAGGCAUAUAUUCAACCAAAAAUUCAAUUUCUAAUCUUCUUUCUAAAACUUCAGUUAUUGAUGAACUCCAUUCUAUUCGCCAUGAAUUGAUAUCGGAGUUGAAAUCUUCUACUCGCCCAACUUAAAAUCCCCAACAAUAAAACCGUAGUGCCAAGAGAUACCUGAAGAUUGAUUUUCAAUGACAGUCUUGUACUGGGAAGUGAAAGGCGCAAACUAUUGCACGAUGGAUGAAAUUUCGGGGGAAGUUAGAAAGAGAAAAGAACAAAGAUAAAAAAAACAUAAAAUUUAAAUUUAAAUUGAAAAAUGCAAGGAUACAACAGUAGUUACAUAAUCAGUUUCUUCCAUGUUGGCCAAUUACCCAUUUACCUUUAGCAAAAAUUAAGGAGAGAGCCGGAAUUUAAAAGUGAGAAAAUUACAUGAAACUCUACUAUGAAAAUAGAAGUAUCAAGCUCGAUAAAAAUACAUACGGUAGACUUAGUGAGCUUGCUAAUUAUGAUGAAAAAGUCCUCUGAUUUUCAGAGAUUAACUUUGUCUAUUUUUUGUAUAAAAAAGGAUGCAAUAAAUUUGUUUAGUGUAACUGGUUGUGAUUGUUAUCUUUGUUUGAAGGGACCCGAGUUCAAAUCUUGAUAUUGCUAUUUUUAUAUGAAAUAAAUAAUAAAUGUGUAAAGACAAAAAUGACAUUCCUACUUUCACUCUCGUUGCAGGAAAUUUGAAAUGGAGAAAAGUAUUCAAAACUCUACCAUAUAUUAAUGGAGGAUGGAUGAAAUCAAUAUACAAAUAAGUUUACGGGCUUGGAUUCAUAUAUUGGGCUCGUUCAUAGGCCCAUUAGCGGGUAAAGUUCAUCGGCAACAAAACUAAACUACUCGACACCCCUAACUUGACGACCAAGCGACCAAUUUUUCCCAAUUUGUUCGAAUAAAAACUCAUAGUCAUAUGUCAUAUCCUAAUAAACUAGCGUGAAACUAGCGUGCCCAGUUGGUUGGAGGUAGUUGAGAUAUGAAAUUAUUUUUGUAUAACUUAUUGUUGUAUAGUUUUUUGGGAAACAUAGGAUAAAAAUAGUGAAUUUUAGCAGGAAAGAGACAUGAAUUAUGCAAUGAAUCAAAAAUCGGUCUUAUGAGCCAAAAUCAAGUACCUGUUACCUUGUGAAACAAUAUUGUUUUUUGCUAAUAUGAUGAGGUGGAGUAAGUUUUAUAGAAACCGAAUUCCAGAAAAUCGAAUAAAAAAUCGCCUAUCCCGUUGGUUUUUGGGAAAUGAGCAUCUUACAAUGGUUGCUAGCUUUUACUUGGCCCGUUGGCCGGUUAAUUUGCUUUAUAAAACUUUCAUCUUGUCGUCAUUAUGCCUUCUGGUUUUUGUCAGGCCAUGAUAAAAUCUAAGAAAAUCAAGAACGAACAACACGAUUUGGGAUAUGAACCGUCGUUGUCGUAUCCCUAGAAAAUGGUGGUAAACACGUACUCACCUGCCAAACUGGUUUGGAUUGAGAUUUUUAUCGAGUAUCAGGGAACCAUGUGAUUAUAAAUUAGACUUGAUCAAAACGGGCCAAAUCUUGAAAUUCAGUCUGUUUGACCGACCCAUGCCUAAUUCUAAUUAUUCUUUACUUUUAAACUUUCUAUUUGAAUAAAAAAUAGUGAAAGAAAAGAGAUGACUGCAAUUCGCCAUUUGCACAUCACUUAUUCGGGAAUAAAACCAUAGAAAUUCAAAAGGAACUUAAAAUGUUUAGGAUCGUUUUAAUGUUUAAAAUAACCAAAUAUAUCUUUCUGUUUAGUUUUUUACUAACAAAUACCAAACGAUUCUCUAUAAAAUACACUAUAAUUUGAUCAUUAUGAUAUCAAAUAAUUAUAUAAUAUAUAUUUGAAAUGAUAAAAUUGGACUAAUUGGGUUGGUCGAGGUUGAACCAUUUAAUAACUUUAAAAUACAUUAUAUUUUAACCACUAAGAUAUAAAAUAAUAGUAUAAUAUAUAUUAUGUCAGAGAAAAUGACUUGUUUUAGAAUGCCAAACCAAUGAUGUUCAUUUGUUUUACUUGAUGGCCAAAUCACGUGUAGGUUAGGCCCAUUCAACUCUUUUUUAUGGUUAGCGGUUAGCCCAUUAGAUACCAUGCAUUAGUUUAUUGUUAAAUUUUUUAUUUUUAGCAAUAAAAAAAUAUUGUUUUUGCAUUUUCAUAUAUAUUUUAUCACCGCGAAGAAAUAAAAUGGCUUAAAGAAAAAAAUUGACACUCCUGGACCCGUUAAAUCCGCAUGUGUACGGUAAAUUUGCGCCGCCUUCUCCGUAGAAUCCGCCGGUUUGACUUGCGUGGGGUGGGAUUAGAACGGCGGCGAAAUUCCCUCCGCCUCCAGUUCAGUCACUGCACUCUCAGUAUUCUCCUUACCAGGCGAUCCCUGGAGAGGCCAUCGGAAGCCGUGUCGCCGAACGAGACAAGACUAAAGGGAUGAUGUCUUUGGUGGUUUUCCUUUGUUAGUUGGAAAUUUACUCUCAUUUUGAGUACCGAGUAGAUUGCAUUGUGGAAUUCAUCAAUAAAAUGUCUCUGGUGGUUUGAAGAGUAUAUGUAAUUUUUGGGUGUUGCUGUUAGCUUCGUUGAUUUGAACGAGGUAUUUGCUUGCUCUUAAGUCUUAACUACAUUCACUUUUGUUCUAUAGGUGAAUACUGAAUACUCUCUUUCAAGCACCUAUGCAACCUGGUUGGUGCUUAUCCCAUCAACUCCUAUAGCCUCAGAACUUAAUAGCUACAUAUAUGUUCUUGACUUCUUUUAAAUCCCAACAAAGAGCCCUGUUUCCGAAAGAAGAUUCCAUCCCUGCAACCCACUUCCAACACACUUUGAAGGAUUCAAGCAUACGACCGGCAACCAUUCGCCGGACACCUACUCGUCGGAGUCGCCCCAUAAGUUGCAACAAACUUUGACGACGAACAUGAAAACAACAACGCCGGGGAAGUGGAAUUGCCUUUGCCCGCCGACGACUCACGUCGGUUCGUUUAGGUGCCGUUGCAUCGAGGUUCCGGCAAGGGAAUGAUCCGUGGUGGUUCCGUCGGCUCCAAUCUCUCAGAAUUGGGAUCUUAAUCGCACCCUCUUGCUGAAUUGAUUUAGAUUAGUCUAUACAUAUAAUGACGGUGAUAAUGAUCAUACCAGUAAUUAAGACUACAUCUAUUCAUCCGUCAACUGAUUGUAACCAAUUUUUGUCAUGUGUGAGCCUUAAUUGUACUUAUAAGAUGUUGCAUUGUGUCGGUCCAUCAAUGAUUUCGUGGUAUAGUUGGUUAUCACGUCAAUUUAACACACUGAAGGUCUUCGAUUCAAACCCGUACAAAGCCAUUUUUUGUUCCUUUUCAUAUUUUCCUGCAUUUAGCAUGUUUCCUUAUGUAAAACUGUUUUCUCUUUCAUAGAUGUUGCAUGAAAAUUGAGACGUCAUGUGCAUGACUUUUGCCAUGAAAAUUGUGUUUUGCUCACUUAUGAAACCCUCGUGGUAGCCAUACAAAUCUUCAUUUUACUGCUAUGCCUACAAUUUUUCUCAAGAACUAGUAAGACAUUGAAUUGAAGUCAAUUGAAUUUGAACUAAUUGUCCUCUUGGUCCAUAUUCUCCAGGGGCUUCACUUUCACUUUGAUCGACUGCCUGUUGUGGACUCGACCAGCCCCAGCAGGCUCCUCCAAGCACGGUAAAACAAGUAAAUCACUGAAGCGAUGGCUGAGGGGACAAUGAGUCCCAAGAACCAGUCAAUACGGAAUCACAUUGUGACGUACCACUUUGUUUAUGAAUGAAAUUAGGAAUCCCUUUUCUUCGAUUAUGCUUGGAAUGAUCGGAAUUAAGAAAGCACUACGUCACAAUGUGAUUCCGUAUUGGCUGGUUCUUCGGAUUCUGCUUGGAAUGAUCGGAAUUAAGAAAGCACGUGGCUACCGGAAGCCGUAGAAGCACCGGAGCGACUCAAUUCGACUUGAAUCACAAAUUAUUCAGCUCAAACUCAAAUACAUUAGAAUAGGUUUGAAUAAAAAUCAUCCAGCUCAAAGUUCGAUAAAUGCUUAAUAACAAAACCUGUCAUUCUAAGGACAAGCUUAGACAAAUAUGAACUCAAAUUGAAAUAUUUUUGGCAUCAUAUUUUUAGAACAAUCUUAUUUUUUCUCGUUUUUCUGAUGUCUUUCCUGCUAAAUGAAUUAUAUAUACUCUUUCUUAUAGAUAAUUAGUUAGAAUAUUCACCACGGGCUGGAACUCCCGGACCAAGCUAUAUUGUGAGUUAUAUAAUCUUUAUCAAUUAACCAAUCAAUGUAAAGCUACAUCAAGUUAGCUCGCGAGCCCAGCAAACUAGGCACAACUCAAGUUUUCCCCGACAUGAACGCCAAACUACUUGUGAGUGGUUUUGUUCAUUUGCAACCCUAUACUAUGUACAUAGUCAAACUAAGGGCACUAUGAAAGAAACAAAUUCCAAUCACCACUGUGAUCUGUGAACAAUAGAACUCGAGUAAUUAAGGAGAACUCAUUGCCAAACAAAGUAUCUUAAAAUGAUUUCGAGCUAUGCAUAGAGCUUCAUAUGUUAGUGCAAGAAAACCCCCCACUCCCCACCUCCCCCAUAAUCAUCAUGGCUGAGAAACAAGUUAAUUGAUCAAACACCAAAAGGAACCAAUGACAGUACGCCGCAUAUUCUAUUCUCUGAUUGUGACGAUUCUCUAGAUUAACAAUAGAAGCCCCCAAUUGAACUCUACUGAAUUUGGUGGCAAUGUGCAUUUUGUUUAGGAAUUGAUGGCCAUGUCAUGUGUCGAUUUUACUUGGUGAGAAUCAUUGGAUAACUUUUUGAGGUCGUAUAUGGUAUAAAAGAACUGCCCUAUACAUAUACACUACUAAUUAUUAAUUAAUAUGUUAUAUGGAUUCGUGUAAGAUUUACUUGUAACUUAUCAUUUCUUCUUCAAACACGCAAAAAUUUAGUUUGUUGUUAUAACAAGUUAUCAAUAAAGAUUUACGUGGUUCAUUAAUGCAAUUUGAUCAGUUAGCUAUGUCUUUGGAUAAGGAAAAACCAAUCCCAUACUAAUUUUAAAAAAGAGCAUAAAUCACACAAAAAUAGAAUGUAUGCAAACGUCAAUAAUGCUAAAUAAAAGAUUCAUAUUUCAAAGGCUAAAAUUUUGAAAAAUCAAAAAAUUGAAAACACCAAAUUUGUUUCCUUUUUUCUUUUCACAAAAAAAAAAUUAAAAUACUAAAUUUUCUCUCAUUUCUCCUUCCAUAAAUUAGAAACACUCAAUUUUUCCUUUUCUUUAUCUUCCAUAAAACUGAAAGAACCAAAUUUCCCUCCUCUUUCUCUUCCGUAAAAUUGAAGAACCAAAUUUUUCUCUUUCUUCCUUCCUUACACAAAAAGUUGAAAACUCAAAAUUUUCCUCCUUAUUUCUCUUUCAUAAUCAAAAGAACCAAACUUUCCCACUUAUUUCUCUUCCCACAAAUCAAAACCAUCAAAAUAAUUCAAAAAUUCAAAUAACCAAAAUUUUCUCUUCUUUCUCUUCCCAAAAAGUUGAAUACACCAAAAUUCCUCCCUUAUUUUAAAAGCAUCAAAUUACCAAAUACAUUAAUUUACUUUAUUUAUAUGUAAUUGAUAAUUUUAUUGAAUAGUUAAAUUAAUAAAAAAUUUAAUUUAAAUAUUAUAUUAAUAUUUUCCAUGAUCUCAGUUAUUAAUUCUUCAUUAUUAAUAUUGACAAUGAUAUCUCAUUUACGGAGCCGGCAAUCUGAACAAGGGGUAAAAAUUUGAAGUUUGAGGAAUUGGAAACAUCAUUAAUUAUUGAGGAGGGGCUAGUCCUUAUCAACUAAUUAUAAAAUUUGAGGAAUUGGAAACAUGAUUAUUGAGGAGGGGCUAGUCCUUAUCAACUAAGAUAUUUUUCAAUUUUGAUACAAAUUUUACAUGUAAAGUUAUCUUGAUUUUAAAGUUGAAGGGACUACAAGUCUACAACUACAACCUUCUAAGUUAAAAGGAUAAAGGGAUAUGGGCAAGACCUCAUCAUGUUCAUCACAGGCCCAACCAUCGAGAUCCAAACCACAAGAGCCCAACAAUUAAACGAGGCCCGCAACGUCUCCGUCAAUCUGCCGCCACGAGACCGGCAAACCCCCACCGGCAUUUUAACAGCUUUCUUCUUCUCCUUCUCCGUCUCUGUAGUUUCUUCCGACGUCGGUACCCGUCCAUUGAAAGCCAUGCUUCCCGAUUCAUUGCUUCUCUGAAAGUUCCGGCCGUCGGCGCUGAGCCUGCGGGAGAACGAAUCGAAAGAUAGGUAGCAUUAUUCAUUAUUCGUCUAUCAGCGCAGCAGUUUGCCCCCAGGUUGUUUUGCGCCCACCAGGUGUUCGACGAUUUGUGAAUCAUCUCACGGCUGGAGUUGGCUUCCCCUCCACUUGCAGCAAUGAGUUUCAUGCUCUUCCAGCGAAGCAUAACUCAAUUCCACAUCCUGAGACAGCAAGUUCGUUUCUUUGUCCGCGACCCUUUCUCCAACAAGCUCACCCAUUACCUUCGGCGAGCCGACUUGAUCGAUUCCAUUCGACUACAUCUCCGUUCCUCGAGGCCGCCGACCUCGCUCCCUCUCCAGGUACUAAACAACCGGCUGCUGGACCCCUUCGUAGUUACCCACGCCAUCCGUUCUGCACCAAAUGCCGACUCUGCGCUUUCCCUCGUCGAAGUCCUCAAAAACGGCGUCCCUAAUUUCCAGCACAAUCAGUCUACCCUCUACGCGUUAGCCACGGUUCUGGCCAAAUGGGGCAGAACCCACGAACUGAGGUCCCUCGUCGAAGACGACAUGAAGAACAGCGAGAGGUAUCCACACGUCCGUUUUAGUUUCAUGAACCUCUUGUACUGGUACUCCGCCGCAGGGGAUAUGGAGGCGGUUCUCGCGACGUGGAACGACUACAGAGAGAAAGAAGGUAAGAAGGAUCGUCUUUGCAACGAGGCUUACAACAUUGUGAUGAGCAUUCACUCGCGGAGAAGGAAUGAUAUGGAGGCAGUGAAUUUGUUUUACAAGCUGAUUGAUGAAGGGGGUAUACCGAAUUCGAGAACUUAUACUGUCAUGAUGGAACAUCUCGUUGAGUCCGGGAAAUUGGAUUCGGCGAUGGAGGUGUUCGAAUUGUUGCCCAGGAUGAGGGUCAAGCGGACUUCGAAGCAGUAUUUGGUUUUGGUUGAUGGGUUUGUGAAAAGUAAGAGGUUUGAUGAGGUGAAAGCUCUGUUUGAGGCAAUGAAAGCUGAUGGGAAGUACCCUGGCCGUGCAAUGUUGAAGGCUUUGCAGGAGUUAAGAGAGGCGGGAUUUGUGGAAGAAACGGCUGAGCUUCGAGAAGAAAUGUUUCCUGAUGAACGAAUCAAAAGCAUCGUUUCUUGUCAGGACAGCUCUGAUGAGGAGGACAAUGAUGAGAAUGAAGAUGAAGUUGUCAAGUUGAAACCAUGGUUAGAUCCAAAAGCUUUAGCAGAUGCUCUCAGUCAAUGGAGCCCUGAAGUUGUAUCAAUUUUGGAAGAUGCAAAAUUCGUCUGGACUACUCGUUUGGUUUGUAAGAUUCUCAGAAACAUGAAAUCUCCAGUAACUGCUUGGGAUUUCUUCUGUUGGGUUGCUUAUCAGCCAGGAUUCACUCACGAUGUUUACACAGUACAGCGAAUGAUAACAUUAUUAUCCCGGCAUGGGAAGGUUGAGCUGGUUGAUCAGCUCAUAGCAAAGAUAAGAAAUGAAGGGAUGGAAUUGCCGUUUAGUACCGUCAGGUUGAUAAUCGAGUUCUAUGGUGUUUCAAAGUAUCCGGAGGCUGCUUUAAAAAUCUUCCGUGAGGAUAGAUCACUUUGUGGUCACAUAAACGAAUUCAACUUGAUGAUUCUUUAUUCAGCCCUCUUGCGAACGCUGACCAAGUGCAAGAGAGAUUCUGAUGCUUUAGAUGUGCUUGAAGAGAUGCUGAGUUGUGGGAUAUGCCCUGAUAAUCAAACAUUUUCUGGGUUGAUCUACCAUUUCGGGGUACAAGGAGAUGUCACGACGGUGCAGAAACUGUUUAUGAUGGCGAGGCAGAAUGGUGUUGCUGUAGAUGGUUACAUGUUCAAAGUACUGAUUCAAGCGUAUUGCAAAUGUGACAGGGCUGCUCUUGGUUUCAGAGUUUUUGAAGACAUGAGAAACUCAAAUCUGAUGCCGGAUUUGGGUACUAAGGAUUUACUGGUGAAGAGUCUCUGGAAGGAAGGGAAAAGAAAAGAGGCAGCUAGUGUUGUGGAAUGCUGUGAAGAAAUUAGUCAAGUCCUCCCACUUGUGUUGAGAGGCCAUUUAUGGACAGUGAGCGCUGCUGAUCUCACUAGAGUUUAUGAUAUCUAUUCAAAUAGUUUCGAAUCAACUAGAUGUUAGCAUUUGGAUAAGGAACGUUUGAUAGAGCAAUUGAAUCCUCUUCUUCCAAGUAAUAUGUUUGCUUCUACUUUCUGGAAGCAUAAGCGAAUUAUUACUGUUUUGCCAUUUCUGCUGAGAAUGUUGGAGGGAAUGGAACAUGUUGUUCUUCAUGACCUGGGGAGCAAGCAUAUGUAGAACGAUGAUAAGCUGUGAAGGCGAAGACAUGGUGCCAGACUUCCUGCGCUAAUUCAUAUAGAUAUCAUAGUCAUUCUUGUUUUUCUCAUUGUCGUUUCCUCUCUCUCAUCAUGCAUUUAGAAGACCGUGUAAAGCACGGUUGAUCAAAUGAUUUAAUUAAGCAUCAGUUGGCUGAUUUCUCGUCUUUUUUGGAAAACUUCAUAGCCAGCCAGCUGUAAUACUUCAAAAGAUCCAGCAUACCGCAGCAUAUCAGACAUCUUUCCCGUGGGUUACCGUGAGAUCAGGCGCUCAUGAUUUCAGGUUUUCCUUCUCAAUAGGAACUUACUAUUCCUGAUGCAUGUUGUCUUUUGACCAACUCUAAAAAGCUUGUGCUGCUAUGAAUUUACUCAACCAAAUAUAGUCGGAUUCUACGCAAACUCUAUUCGUCAUAGAACCAACCUUAUGUUUAGGGUUGUGGGAUAGACUCUAAUCUUUUAUAUUCUUCUGUCAGGUAGGAAUAGGGGUCAGAUAAUGAUUUUGCAAUUUUAUAGUUCUCUAUUUGUGGUUUGACGGCAAGAGUGAACAUUAAAAUGUUCACAAAUGACAAGAUGCCGAAUUACAAGACUCUGAGAUAGAUGAGUAUGAAACAUCAUUGUGGUUGUUACAAACUGAGAGAUCGUUUUUAUUUGUUCCGAAUGCUGAAUAUCUUACAUAAUUCGUGCUGCAUUAGACUGAUUUUGCAUCAUCCAUAGUCUCACGAUUUUGCUUUGCUUCUACCCAUUAGGUGGCUCGGUAGGAGUAUUAUUCCUCCCUUUGUACUAGGCAAAAUACAAACAGGAUGAAGGUUAACGCUUUGCCGUCCCAAGCCUGUUUCUGGUUAAAAUAAUGUAGCGGUGUUUUC